AUGACUCAGACUUUUGAUUUUACAGAUCACUCACACAGACGUUAUAACCCUUUGAACAACAAAUAUGUCCUUUGCUCACCUCAUAGAGCCAAAAGACCAUGGCAAGGUGCUAAGGAAGAGAUUAAGAAGACGAUGUUGCCUGAGUACGAUCCCAAAUGCUACUUGUGCCCUGGUAAUAUAAGAGCUAUCGGAGAGGUAAAUCCAAAGUACGAGACGACUUAUAUUUUUCCAAACGACUACCCUGCUGUCAAAUUGGACCAACCUGACUACAACGGAGAUGAUGGCCAGGAAAACAGUUUGAAGAAAAAGCUAUUCAAGACGCAGGGCGUCAAGGGGAAAUGCUUUGUAAUUUGCUUCUCCCCAAAGCAUAAUGUGACCAUCCCAUUGAUGACGGUUGACGAAUUAACUACUGUAGUAAAUACUUGGCAGACAUUGUAUAACGACCUUUUAUUGGAGGCUGAACAGAAAGUUGCACCUUACAAGUAUUUGCAAAUUUUUGAAAACAAAGGGUUUGCUAUGGGUUGCUCCAACCCGCAUCCUCAUGGACAAGCAUGGUGUUUGGAUGUUGUGCCUACAGAGGUUGAUGAUGAACUAAACAACAUGGAAAAAUACUACAAGGAAAACAACUCGCACUUAUUGGGUGAUUAUGUUCAGUUGGAGAUGCAGGAGAAGGUUAGAACUGUCGCUGAGAACGAUUCAUUUAUUGUUGUUGUGCCCUAUUGGGCAUUGUGGCCCUUUGAGACUUUGUUGAUUUCAAAAGAACAUUUGAGAUCACUACGAGAAUUCAACGACAAACACAAACUGGAUUUAGCAUCGAUUUUGAAGGUUUUAACAACAAAGUAUGACAAUUUGUUUAACACGUCGUUCCCAUAUUCAAUGGGUAUCCACCAGGACCCAUUUGAGUGCUCGAAGGAGCAUCAUGAUUGUGCUUGGUUUCAUAUGCAUUUCUACCCACCGUUGUUAAGAUCUGCUACUGUUAAAAAGUUCUGUGUAGGAUUCGAAAUGUUGGGUGAAGCGCAAAGGGAUUUAACCAGUGAGCAAGCUGCUACCAGGUUGCAGGACUUGGAUGGGGAAACUCACUAUAUGGAUUUAGUCAAAUAG